AUGAAUGGUUAUACACAAUGUUAUUUACAUGGAGAAAAAUAUCUAACACUAGAGAUAGGUCAAUGUUCAAACCUAAUCUCACCUCAACACGUGGGUCCAAGUUCGAAUAUUGAAACAGUUCAACACAUUAAUAACGAUUUUAGUGAUUAUCAUAGAUACGAGGAGAUGGUUAUCGAUAGCAUGCACCAACCUGAGACUUCGUAUUAUCAACAAACACCACAACACCCAAAUCUUGAAGCCCAAAAUUUUUAUAAAGUUUUGAAACAAGCGAGUGAGCCUUUAUGGGACGGGUGUACAAAAACUUCCACACUCUCUGCCACCACUAGAUUAUUGGAUUGGAAAUCCCAAUCUAAUGUUUCAGACACGUCAUUUGAUACACUUCUUUUGAUUGUUAAAGACAUUCUACUAACUGGCGAGAAGCUUCCUAAUAGCUUCUACGAGACCAAGAAAAUGUUGAAGCCACUAAAAUUGCCUUCAGAACGGAUUCAUGUAUGUAUAAACCAUUGCAUGCUAUUUAGGGGCCAGUUUGCUGAUUUGGAUCAUUGUGCAGUAUGUGGAGAAAAUAUAUACAAAGCCAAAGGGAUAAAGGUUCCUAAUUUGGUCAUGACUUACAUGCCGAUUGGACCGAGACUCCAAAGGCUCUUCUAUUCAAGGAAGACGGCCAAACAUUUAACUUGGCAUGCAGAUCAUUUAGUAGAUCCAGAAAAGAUGAUAGAUCCCAGUGAAGUCCUAAUAAUUCAAACACGACUCCCUAUUUUGCGGGAAAAAAGAUAUUUUGCGGGAGAUCAUGAAAAUCUCGAAUAUUGCUCACUAACUGCCAAAGAAGCACACGAGAUGUAUCUACAGGAGAUGGUCAAAAAACACGGAGAAGACUCUUCAAACCAUAAAGAUGAUGCGAGGGUUGAUAGGUCGCGUGCACAAGUUUCUACCAUGGAACAACAACAACAACAAAUGAAAGAACAAAUGGAAAUGGUUAUGAGGAUGAUGAAUAUGUCUGGAAAUCAACCCCGUGCUCCCCUCGAUAAUCCAGCUGAGGACAAUUGA